AGCGUUCCGAGCCUCUCCACGCUUCUCGCCGACCCCUCGGGCCCCCGCAGCCCGGGAAGAAGGCCACUCCGGGCCCAGCACCCGCUCUGCAAGGCGGACCUGCAACCCGGAAAGGCGGCGCGGAGUCGGAUUCUGCUCGGACCGGGCCCCGGCGGGCCGGCGCCGCGGGGAUGUCUGAGGCGCGGAAGGGGCCGGACGAGACUGAUGAGAGCCAGUAUGACUCGGGCAUCGAGUCUCUGCGCUCUCUGCGCUCUCUGCGCUCUCUGCCCGAGCCCACCCCGGCCCCAGCCUCUGGGCCCUCAGACGGAGGGGGCCCCCAGCCCUGGACUCAUCCUCCGGGAACCGCCAAGGAGCCAGAGGAGAAGGAAGAUACAGACGGGGAGCGGGCUGACUCUACCUAUGGCUCCUCAUCGCUCACUGAGCCCCUGUCCUUGUUGGGGGACCCCAAGACCGAGGACCCAGCCCCAGACUCGCGGCUUCCCGCCGCGGGGGCGCUGAGCCCUCAGCAGCUGGAAGCACUCACUUACAUCUCCGAGGACGGAGACACGCUGAUCCACCUGGCGGUGAUUCAUGAGGCCCCGGCUGUGCUGCUCUAUUGCCUGGCUUUGCUGCCUCAGGAGGUCCUGGACAUUCAGAACAACCUUUACCAGACAGCACUCCAUCUGGCCGUACAUCUGGACCAGCCAGGUGCAGUUCGGGCCCUGGUGCUGAAGGGGGCCAGCCGGGUGCUACAGGACCGACACGGUGACACGGCCCUGCAUGUGGCCUGCCAGCGCCAGCACCUGGCCUGUGCCCGCUGCCUGCUGGAAGGGCAGCCAGAGCUAGGCAGAGGACCGCCUCACUCCCUGGACCUCCAGCUGCAAAACUGGCAAGGUCUGGCCUGUCUCCACGUCGCCACCCUGCAGAGGAACUGGCCACUUAUGGAACUACUGCUGCAGAACGGAGCUGACAUCAACGCACAGGAGGGCACGAGUGGGAAGACAGCGCUGCAUCUGGCCGUGGAGACCCACGAGCGGGGUCUGGUGCAGUUCCUUCUCCAGGCUGGGGCCCGGGUGGACGCCCGCAUGCUCAACGGGUGCACACCCCUGCACCUCGCCGCAGGCCGGGGCCUCAGAAGCAUCUCAUCCACCCUGUGCGAGCCCUUUGCCCUUUUGCCCUUUGAUGACCUGAAGAUUUCCGGGAAGCCACUGCUGUGUGCUGACUGAAGCCGGGACAGGCUCUAGAGCCCCUGACGCUCCUCCUUUUCCCAUCUGAAAGCUGGAGCCACAGCUGCUACAGUCUGGGCCCAGGCCAUGUGCCCUGGGGACUGCUGAGGCCAGAGCCUGGGGCCAGCACAGUCCCGAGCUGAGAGGAGGGACCGCAAAUAAGAGAGCCAGUCUGGAAGGAAGAGCUUCCAGGUGGAUGGAAGGACCCCCAAAGCCCCAGGCAGCCUGGGCGAAGCCUGUUUACCUCUGUUGAAGAUGGCGGGGCUCUUGCCUCUACCCACGUGGGGUCAGCUUGAAGCUGCCAGCCGGUAGGCAACAUGGACUCUCCUGAGUGAGGAGAGACACUGAACUGUAGUGAGCAGGGCCCUAAAAGGUUCCAUCUCACUGCUGAGGAGAACUUUGAAACACUGUUGUUUAAAGACUUCACACAGAAGGCCCUGAACUGAGCCUUUGGGGAUGGAGAAGUUUCAAGAACAUGACACUAAAACAGCAGAGACUUUUAAACACCCCCCACCGCCCCACUCCCGCCCCGAGUUGUUUUGUGCGUGUGCCUGUUUGUGUGCAUUGGAGAUUUUGAGACAGGCCUGCCCUGUGACCUUGUGGUGGAGGCAGAGAGAAGGAAAUUGUCACUUGAGCAGGGUAGGGCCUUGUAGGGAGGGUAGGGAGCCUAAUGGUCCUCAGGCCUCUCUGUCCAGCACAGACCCUUGCCCUUUCUGUGGAAAUGUAGUUGGAUGGAGGAAGAGAAAGAGGAGUGAGAAGAUGCAAGUGAGAGGCCUCACCAUGGCCCUGGAGGACCCUGGAGAGAAGGGCUAGCCUGCGGAGGGUGACACGAGGGAGCGUGGCUUCGUAUGUUGUUUUCUCUCAUUCCACAUAUGUUUGAGGCACCUAUUAGGUCAGGCCUAUGCUGGGAUAGAAUAUGUGGGAAUAAGUUUCUGGCCACUUGGAGACUUAGUCUAGUGAGGCAGCCAUUAAAAUCAUAAACAUCCAAAUAAAUAUGUAAUUGCAAGUCG